UCGCGUCCGCGUACCUGGGUGUCGCAAGUGCCUUUUUCUUGAAAGCCUCCCGUUCUCGAAGCAGAGCUGGGUCCAUAUUUUUGAAGAUUUACUACGAAACUCUAUAACAAAUAUGACGUGGCUAGAUAAGUUAUUAAUAGUUUGCGCUAUUCAAAUUGCGAUUGUUAUAAUUUGCGUCGCAGCCGACGACUACAAAUGGGCGUGCGACAGCGGCAAGUGUCUCAAGACACGCCAUGACCCCAAGAACAAGGAACCCGCCCUGAGCUUGGAGGCCUGCAAAAUGUUCUGCAACGAAUAUGGUCUCCUCUGGCCAAGGCCCACCGGCGACACGGAUCUCGGUAACUUCCUCUCCAAGAUCAACCUGAACAGCAUCGAGAUGAAGAUCGAACGGCAUGGUGAGACAGACAAACUGAUGCAGGAUGCUUUUCAGAGAUUUCUCAGUAUUGUGGCCCUAGCCAUACCCAAAGAUGCGAUACCGAAAACCAAAGGCAAGGUGUUAGAUGUGCAUCUUAUCAACCAGGAUCCCGAUACCGGCGGUUUUUCCCUGGACAUGCGCGAAAAUUACACACUGAAAAUAUCCGGGAACAACGAUAAAGUGGAAGCCUUUAUAACUGGAGGGUCGUUCUUCGGAGUCCGCCAUGGCCUAGAAACACUCUCUCAGCUCAUUCUUUACGAUGAUAUCAGAGAUCAUCUCUUGAUUGUUCGUGAUGUUAGCAUUAUGGACAAUCCGGUCUACCCAUACCGAGGACUGCUUCUCGAUACAGCAAGGAACUAUUAUUCCGUGGACUCUAUUAAGAAAACUAUAGAUGCUAUGGCCGCCGUGAAGUUGAACACGUUCCACUGGCACAUUACGGACAGCCAGAGCUUCCCCUUCGUGUCUGAGAGGAGACCGGAGCUCUCGAAAUAUGGCGCUUAUUCUUCUUCUAAGGUGUACACCCCAGCGGCGAUGCGCGAGGUGGUGGAGUACGGGCGCGUGCGCGGCGUGCGCGUGCUGCCCGAGUUCGACGCGCCAGCGCACGUCGGCGAGGGCUGGCAGGACACCAACCUCACCGUCUGCUUCAAGGCGGAACCCUGGGCCUCGUUCUGCGUCGAGCCCCCGUGUGGUCAGCUGAACCCCACGAGGGAUGAACUGUACGAUGUGCUAGAAGACAUUUACGCGGAUAUGGCAGAGAUAUUCCAGCCGGACAUAUUCCACAUGGGCGGAGACGAGGUCAGCGAACGCUGCUGGAAUGUGUCCGAAGAAAUCCAGCAGUUCAUGGUCCAGCACCGCUGGAACCUGGACAAGGCCGGCUUCCUCGAGCUGUGGGACUACUUCCAGAAGAAAGCACAAGAGAAGGCGUACACGGCAUUUGGCAAGAAGCUGCCUCUGAUCCUAUGGACCAGCACGCUGACGGACUACAGCUAUGUUGACAAAUAUCUUAACAAGGAUGAUUACAUCAUUCAAGUGUGGACAACGGGAGUAGACCCACAAAUCCAAGGGUUACUUUCGAAGGGGUACCGCCUCAUUAUGUCCAACUACGAUGCGUUGUACUUAGACUGCGGCUUUGGUGCCUGGGUUGGCGCAGGGAACAACUGGUGCUCUCCGUACAUCGGCUGGCAGAAAGUUUACGAUAACAGCAUAGCAGCCAUGGCCUCCGAGAACAAGUAUCUAGUUCUAGGAGGUGAGGCGGCCCUGUGGUCGGAGCAGUCGGACACGGCCACGCUGGACCAGCGCCUGUGGCCGCGCGCCGCCGCGCUCGCCGAGCGGCUCUGGACGGAGCCCCCCACCACGUGGCUGGACGCCGAGCACCGUAUGCUGCACACGAGGUGAGCUCUCAAACACUAG